AUGGAAGGAGUUGAGACAGUUGAUGUCAGCUGGCUGCAUCAUACGCAGAAAGGUGAUGGCGAACCCCGCUGGCCUCGACGCCCAUCAUGGGGGUGUUCGGUUGGCUUCAAGCGAUUGUUGGAUUUUCCCUCUAACCUCAUACUAGAUAAUCUCUCAAGGUGCAAGUCUACAUCGUCCACACACAGCGACAAGUCGCAUGUCGAAACGGAACCCACACUUGCACCCCGAAUUAAAGAACCCCUGCUCGAAAGAACCUCCCCGCCACCCCCUUAUGAGCCACCCAGUCCUGCCGUCGAAUCUACGUCGGAGCCCCAAAAUAACGUCUCUCGAACGGAGAACGGAGUGAGACCGGAUGACAAGGCGGCGGAUGCGAAGGUGACGGGAUCAUCCCCGAAUCCCCAGAAAAGUUCGCCGAAGCCCAUUGGGAGGAGAAAUUCGUGGAUCUCGACCCUCAGCUCUAAGUUCUCUUCGGGGUCUACACCUCCGUCGCAGUCCAGCUUGAAGAGUCAACCGACUGUGAAGGCAACAUCGCCGGUGUCAAAGCUCGAUACGCACAACCCGUUCGGAGCAGCCUAUUUUCCCAAGGACAAGGAUGAUGAUAAAAGAGACGAACCAAAUCCGUUUACUUCUACCUCCCCGAAGGGCUCCUCAUUCCUCCAAAACGCCUUCCGAAAACUUUCUUCCUCUGGGUCAGGAUCGGGCAAGUUAGCGACGAACGGCGUUAUUUGCGAGCGUCGUGUGAUGAACAUUGACCCGGGUCGGGAUAGAUGCAAGAUCCCCGAUUUGGAUCCGGCCAAGUUGCGACGCGUCGCAUUCUGUGUAGAUGUUGAGAUUGCUGGGAUAUCUCGUAGAGAGUCCGAUGAGGAAAGCCCCCCGGCAAACGCUAAGCAACGGACGGUCUCAGAUCUAAACGGCAAAUCGAAAAAGUCGAGUUCUAAAACGAAAGACAAAGAUGAAGGCUCUGCUUUGAAACAUCCACAAGCUGUUUUGGCGGAUAAGGAAAAGCAUAAUCAGGAGAAUAUCGCCCCUGGAAAGAAAUCCGGACAACCGGAAAUUCCUUCUAAUGAUGACAAAGCAAACGGUGAGAGCAAGGAGCCUACUAGAAAACAGGAAAAGAAGAAGAGAUCGGAGGAGGAAAGGAGAGAACGGAGAGAGAGAAGGCGGAGACAAGCCGAGGCAAAUGGUUCCAUCCCUUUGCAAUUAACUGCUGAGGACCACGAGGACCAUUCCCACACGUCUCUGCCCGGUUACUCACGCUCGAGAACGCAGAGUCACCCGACGACAGAUCCGGUACGGAUAUACAGACGCUGUUGCCAGCUACGGGAGACGCCCGUGCUUAAAAGAAUAGUCGAUGAAAUCUCCUCACCUUCCUCCAUUUUAGCGGAAUCUCCUGGAACCGUCGGCGUGCUCGACCUUACCAAUUUCCCCAUGACCCCGCAGGAUCUUGCUACUUUCAGUGACUGGCUGGCUGUAGUCCCUGUGCGAAAGAUCAUCCUUGAAAAGUGCGCCUUGACUGAUGAAUCGGUGCGGUCAAUUCUUGCUGCUCUACUCUCAACAAAGACCGUCGAGCAGAUGAGGCAGAGACGCAAGCGGAUCGGUAAACCUGACUCGAAGGCUUCGGUGGAAGAAGAGAGAAAUAGUGUGAUAGAAAAGUUGUCCCUGAAAGAUAACCCGAAAAUUGGCAAGGAGGGAUGGCGCCAUAUAUGCCUGUUUGUUCAUCUGUCAAAGUCACUGAAGGCCAUUGACUUGUCGGGCAUACCGCUCCCGAAGACUCCUAUCAUCCCAAAUGAUCCUAGUGGCCAACCCUCGAAGCCCUCAUAUGCUACGUGUUCCUCGGUAGAUGUUGCAACCGUGUUCGCCAGUUCUCUGUCUCAACGCUUCGGUGGUAAUCGUCUUGAGGAACUCCUGCUGAGCGAGUGCAAACCAACGACGGAGGAGGUGAAGAAAAUCUGCGAUGCAGCCGUAACUCUUGGUUUGAGGAGGUUUGGUUUCGCAAACAAUGAGUUAACCAAAGAGGGCUUGGAACAUGUAGUUCGUUACCUAAAGUCGACUAGUUGUGAAGGACUCGACUUGGGUGGAAAUCCCAUCCGAGAUCAUUUGGAUUUGAUUACUUCAGCUAUCGACAAAGACACCCACCUUUACGCAUUGAGUCUUGCCGACUGUGCUCUUACUCCAGCCGUGCUAUAUCCUUUACUCCAAGCGCUGACUCGCCUUCCUAACCUCCUUUUUAUCGACUUUUCCCACAAUCCAGAACUGUUUUCCAGCCAGCCUGAUGCCCUGGCUACCUUCCGGCGCUUCCUCCCUAAAAUGCCCUCUUUAAAGCGCAUUCAUCUAGCUGAUGUGAAUUUGUCGGCUGACCAUGCCAUUGCUCUUGCCGAAGUCCUUCCCGAGUGCCCCAGUCUGUGCCAUCUGAGCAUCUUGGAAAACCCUGCCAUAAGUGCGCUGGCCGCUACAACGGACCCUGGCAAUCAGGAAGAAGCUUGCGCUGUUUACGCCUCUCUGAUGGCCGCGGUACGCGUGUCGCGAACAAUCAUAGCAGUGGAAAUCGAAGUUCCAAGCGCAGAAAACAACGAAGUUGUGAAAGCUCUGGCUUCCCAAAUCGUAGCCUAUUCCCUUCAAAACCUUGAACGAGGCGCCAUCGAAGGAGAUUUGUCUGUGCCGGGAGACCCGACCUCUGCGCGUGCAACUGUUCCCGUGCCAGAGAUUCUGCAACAUAUUGUCGGCCCUGGUGGCGGAGAAGAAUUCUGCGAUGAAGAUGAUGAGCCAGCUCCUGAUGAGGACUACGUCAUUGGAGGUACUGGUGUAGUGAAGGCUCUAGGGGUCUGCCUUGGCAACCUGGAUCAUCAUAUGCCAGGGGAUCAGUCUGGCCCCCCUAGUGGCACGACGACUCCUAGACACAGGAAAUCACGGUCUUAUGUAGCGAAAAAGCCCCGUGAUAUGUCGAAGAAUCUACUUGAGUCAGCCCGGAAUAUCCGAACCCGGAUCCAGUCGGCUCUUGUCCGUGAGGACCGAGCCGGAAAUGAUAGUAACUACCGACGCCUUCAGUUUCUUGAUUUCACCUUGGAUAGGAUGAUCCGGCGAUUUGAGGACGAGUACCCAGAGACGCGGAUUAUACCGCAGCCGGUCUUUUCUGCAGCCCCAGAUACAAGCUCUCAGAAUUCUGGGGACGACGUGCAUGGUGGGCCUCCAUUUAGCAAUGUACCAGUCGCCGAUCAGGGCGAUGAGUGUGCUAUCGAUGACGAAGAUAUCGACCAAUAUAUCGUGGGUAUAUCACGAACAAGCUCGAUGACAUCUCUUCAUUCAAGGGCAAUGACCUCUGAAGAAGGCCAUGUUCACCGUCUCGGCCAAAACCUUCGACGCGAUUUUCUCAACCCUUCAUUUGCUCAGACCGACGAUGAUCCAUCUCUCACGUUGGAUGAUGCACACAUUGCUGCUCUUCGCGAGAAACUCGAGCGUCUACAGGAGGAGCAGACACAUGCCCGUUUCGACGAUCUCGGUGCGAACAAAACAUUCGAACAGUUAGGUACGACUGUAGAAGAGCUGUGGGCAACUCAUAAACAAGAUAUCGAGGGCUUCGAGAAAUUCAAACAGAGCCAGAUUGCAGCGCAGAUUAAUAGCGGAAAGAGAACCGCAUCAUCAGGGCCCGGCGCUGGCACCCAGAACGGACGGGAUUGA